CACCGGCCUCGAUGCGGUCGACCCCACGCAUCCUCCCACCUUCCCACCUCGAUCGGGGCCGUGCCCUGCCCUAAUGGCUAUAUAUACAACCUCCGUCCAUCUCCCAUUCCACACAAGACGAAUCAGGAAACAAGUGAAGAUCAGCUCACGGAUCCAUCCAUCCAUGGAGCUCGACAAGCGCACGGACACGCCGCCGUCCACCCUUCUCCCCCGGACCGCCUCCACCGUCACCUACUGCUGCGGGCGGUGCGGGUACGACCUGAAGCUGAGCUCGACGGCGCGGGACACGGCGGGCAUCGUGGGGGCGGGAGCCGGCGGGGCGAGGCGGCGGCGGCGCUGGCGGGGCAGCGCGGCGGCCGUGGUGGUGUUCGACGCCAUCGACGACGCCCGGUUCGGCCACCUCGACGAGUUCCGCUGCCUCGACCUGCGCGCGCGCCGCCUCUUCGCGCGCCGCACGCGCCUCCUCUGCCGCAAGUGCGGCGCCCACCUCGGCUUCGGCUACGACGACAACACCGCCGCCACCCGGCCGCCGCGGUACCACAUCAAGAUCCGCGCCCUCCACCCCGCCUCCUCCUCCGACGCCGCCGCCGCCACGCCGCCGCCGUCCGGCGCGCCGGCGGGUCCGCGGCCCUGAUCUGCUUCGCCCGUGUGCACAUUCCGCCGUUCCCUUUUUGUGUUUGCGCUCGCCGAUGUACAAACUGAUUUGAUCGGAAAUUGGAAUCAAAUCAUCUUUAAGAUAGUAUUCUGAUUGAUUGCGUCGCUAAUGCACAAACUGAUUGAUCGGAAUCGAUCUUUUUCUUCUUC